CAGCAUGCUCAAGUUCUUGCUUGUAGUUUGUGCUCUAUUUCAGCAAGCUGUUAGCAACAGCGACCAGGCAGGAGAUGCAUCAAUGCAAAGUUGCAUUGGAGAGAAAGGUGAAAAGGGUGACUACGGCCUUCCUGGAAUACGUGGAUUAAGAGGUUACAAAGGCGGAUUGGGAGCAGCCGGUCCCAAAGGAGAUCGUGGAGCAUCCGGUCCUGCUGGACCUCCUGGUGCUCAGGGUGCAACAGGCUCUAUUGGCCCAUCUGGAUCAAAAGGAUCAAGUGGUGACAAGGGACAGAAAGGAAGUUUGGGGCCAAGAGGUAUUGAAGGAGCUGAUGGAGAUCCUGGGGCAGCCGGUCACACGGGACCAGUUGGCUCACGUGGUUCAAAGGGAGUAAAGGGACUGAAAGGGAUACCUGGUGUACAAGGCCUAAGAGGACCGCAAGGAAUUUCCGGACAACCAAUAGACCAAGAGACGCUUGAAAAGUACUUUAGUCCUGUAAAGGCGUUACAGACAGAGGUAUCGAACAUGAAGCUCACUUUGCAGUCGUUGGCAAGCAACGAUCAACCCGCCGCUCAUUUGCACGGGAAUGGGAAAUAUGGCACAUACAGUUCCAACAGCAUUAUUACGGACUGGUAUACUGGUAGCGGUCAGUGGUAUUCUCCUAUUUUGAGAGGCGGAAUGACAUACAGUAACGGAUACAUUACCGUGCCGAAAGAUGGACUUUACUAUAUCUAUGGACAGAUACGUUUAGAUCCAAGGUCGGGACAAACGAUUUCUGGAUUCUACAUCUACUUGAACAAUCAAUAUGUUGAUUUGACUAAUCAAGUAAUUCAAUCACCUAAUGGUUACCAGGAUUACACUCGUUAUUCCGGACUUCUAAAAUUGGUCAGCAAAGGAGACAAGAUCUGCAUUAAGUUUGCCUAUACUGUGUACGCUCAUAUGUACUCAUAUUAUGCUCAGUUUGGAGCCUUUCGUGUUGCUUAGCCAGUGCAAUAUCAUUUGUCGUCGUUUCGCUGUCAAAUGAUUGUUGUUUGCGUAAACUAUACGUGUUGUUGAUGCCUUUCUUAAUUCUUCGGGUUGUCUGAAAUAAAAAAAUUGAAGUUGGUAGUGUGAA